CUGGAGCGCCCAGCCGCCUGCCUUUGCCAGCUCCUUGGGAUCCUUGUGGCCGUGGGCAGCAGCUGUCGCGCCUGCCCCACUGUGGGAGGACCAUCCUUGCUGCACGUGCGCAGUAACUCUGGCUGCACAGCAGAGCCCCCGGAUAACACGGGCGCCCCCGCAACAUGGCAGACGAAGACCUCAUCUUCCGCCUGGAAGGGGUUGACGGUGGCGGGUGCUCCCGAGCUGGCCACAAUGCGGACUCUGAUACAGACAGUGACAAUGAUGAGGGCUACUUCAUCUGCCCCAUCACUGAUGACCACAUGUCCAACCAGAAUGUCAGCUCCAAAGUCCAGAGCUACUAUAGCAACCUAACGAAAACAGAGUGCGGCUCCACAGGGUCACCAGCCAGCUCCUUCCACUUCAAGGAAGCCUGGAAGCAUGCGAUCGAGAAAGCCAAGCACAUGCCUGACCCCUGGGCUGAAUUCCAUCUCGAGGACAUCGCCACAGAACAUGCUACUCGGCACAGGUACAAUGCUGUCACCGGGGAAUGGCUGAAAGACGAGGUUCUGAUCAAGAUGGCGUCUCAGCCCUUCGGCCGUGGAGCAAUGAGGGAGUGCUUCAGGACGAAGAAACUCUCCAACUUCUUGCAUGCCCAGCAAUGGAAGGGGGCCUCCAACUACGUGGCCAAGCGCUACAUCGAGCCGGUGGACAGGAGCGUGUACUUUGAGGAUGUGCAGCUCCAGAUGGAGGCGAAGCUCUGGGGGGAGGAGUACAAUCGCCACAAGCCCCCCAAGCAGGUGGAUAUCAUGCAGAUGUGCAUCAUUGAGCUAAAGGACAGACCAGGCCAGCCCCUCUUCCACCUGGAGCACUACAUUGAGGGCAAGUACAUCAAGUAUAAUUCCAACUCAGGCUUUGUCCGUGAUGACAACAUCCGACUAACACCACAGGCCUUCAGCCAUUUCACAUUUGAGCGUUCUGGUCAUCAGCUGAUUGUAGUGGACAUCCAGGGUGUGGGUGACCUUUAUACCGACCCACAGAUCCACACUGAGAAAGGCACUGACUUUGGAGAUGGUAACCUUGGUGUCCGGGGAAUGGCUCUCUUCUUCUACUCUCAUGCCUGCAACCGGAUUUGCCAGAGCAUGGGCCUUACGCCCUUUGACCUCUCCCCACGGGAGCAGGACUCAGUGAAUCAGAGCACCAGGCUAUUGCAAUCAGCCAAGACCAUCUUGAGGGGGACAGAGGAGAAGUGUGGGAGUCCCCGCAUAAGGACACUUUCUAGCAGCCGGCCCCCUUUGCUCCUUCGCCUGUCAGAGAACUCUGGGGAUGAGAACAUGAGUGAUGUGACCUUUGACUCUCUGCCUUCCUCCCCGUCUUCAGCUACACCACACAGCCAGAAACUGGACCACCUCCAUUGGCCAGUGUUUGGUGACCUCGAUAACAUGGGCCCUAGAGACCAUGACCGCAUGGACAAUCACCGGGACUCUGAGAACAGUGGGGACAGCGGGUAUCCAAGCGAGAAGCGAAGUGACCUGGAUGAUCCUGAGCCCCGAGAACACGGCCACUCCAACGGCAACCGAAGGCUUGAAUCCGACGAGGAUAGCCUGGGCAGCUCUGGACGGGUCCAUCUGGCCAUGGUGCGAUACCACGAGGGCGGGCGCUUCUGCGAGAAGGAUGAGGAGUGGGACCGAGAGUCAGCCAUCUUCCAUCUGGAGCAUGCCGCUGACCUGGGAGAACUGGAGGCCAUCGUGGGUCUAGGCCUCAUGUACUCUCAGCUGCCCCACCACAUCCUGGCUGAUGUCUCUCUGAAGGAGACAGAGGAGAACAAGACAAAAGGCUUUGAUUACUUACUGAAGGCGGCAGAAGCUGGUGACAGGCAUUCCAUGAUUUUAGUGGCCCGAGCUUUUGACACUGGCCUGAACCUCAGCCCAGACAGGUGUCAAGACUGGUCGGAAGCCUUGCACUGGUACAACACAGCCCUGGAGACAACAGACUGCGAUGAAGGUGGGGAGUACGAUGGGAUACAGGACGAGCCCCAGUAUGCACUGCUGGCCAGGGAGGCGGAAAUGCUGCUCACCGGGGGAUUUGGACUGGACAAGAAUCCCCAAAGAUCAGGAGACUUGUACACCCAGGCAGCUGAGGCAGCAAUGGAAGCCAUGAAGGGCCGGCUAGCCAACCAGUACUACGAGAAGGCGGAAGAGGCCUGGGCCCAGAUGGAGGAAUAACUGCCCCACAGGAUCACUGCCAAGGAGAAAGGCUGGGGAGGGGAGGAUGGGACUCAUUUCUAGGGAGGGGAGGAUGCAGUUUUAUUAUGGUAUAAACUCACUUUUGUAUUCCAUUUUCUCACUCUUGAUAGCCUUUGCAGCUGGCCGAGACAGUAUAACUGCCCUUUUAGUGGUGGUACUUUGUGGGGGGUGGGGGUUGAAGAUGCAGCCUAAUGAGUCUCUUUCCCGUCCACCCCCCACCCCACCCCCCAGUUUUCCUUUUUUCAUCCUGAGAUGUAAGCAAGUAUCUUUCUGUCUGGAUGAUCAGACAGUAUCAGGGCUUCUCUCGCCAGCCUUUGCAGGCAGGACUCACAUCUCAGGGGCUCCAGGCCAUGUGAUGGGAAACCUUUCUAUUAGCUUUCCACGAUGGGUCUGUCUUUCAGUUUUGAGAGGGGUAUGUUGUUUAUUUGUUUUUUUUUACUCCAGUGGAUGUGAGAUGGUUCAAUACCCAGGCUCCUUCAUGCUGGGGGAGAUAGUUGUAUAACUCUUCACUCAAUGCCCUUCCACUGGACGUGUGAUUCCUGGCAUCCUUCUAAAUUUUUUUUUUUAGACCUGCUAUGUAAUAUAGAUUUUUCAAAACAGGUUUGGCCUUUAUACAUGCGUAUUUACUACCUCUGAGUCCUGCAUUGGGGGGGUGGAAGCAGCUGUACCUCAAAGCUUUCACAGUAAGACCAUGGCUUAGGAGCUGGGCAACUUUCCUCCAAACAGAAGUGCCCUCUGCACGCCAUGGCCACAUCCACUACGGGGCUGAAGCAUCCUUGUGCAGAAUUCCAUGGCCGUUUGGCCGUUUCUUAAUGUGAUGUUUCUUGGACUUCACCCUCAGCCUGCUGACCUUGUCAUUUUCUGCUUGAGACUAGGUUUUACUGACUUAACACUAGGUCAUCUGCAGUAAGCGGCUUCCAGCUGCAGCCCCUUGGGAUUUGUCUAAGAUGUUUGAGAAUGAGGGGACAAGAGUGUAAACACUGACUGGGUUAGGACAUUUCCCCAGGGUCAGUCUGGGACUUUGAUGAGCUUCCUCUUUAAAAGGAGUUCAGAUUUAAUGGGAGUGCUAUUCCAGCCACAAGGAAAUGGCCCGCUUUGAUUUGACCUACCACCUCUAUCUUUGUUUAAAAAACAGAACAGCAGAGUGGGACAUGCAAGCCAUCCUCACCUGUUGGCUAAAACAGGCCUUUUAAGGAUUUCACUAUUGAGUUUGCCCAGUCAAAAACUUGUAGAAGCAGUAGAUUGUAAAGUAUAGGGUGUAUGUUCUUUGAGGGAAAAAUCAGAGUCAGUUUAACCUUGGGGGCUGGAAGCCAUGGUAUACAUCUGUAAUCCCAGCAUUCAGGUGGUAGAGGCAGAAGGAUCAAAGUUUGAGGCCAGCCUAGGCUAUGUAAUGAGACCCUGCCCCUCAAAAAAACAAACAAUGAAAAGAGCCAGUUAGAUGGUUCAUGGAUGAAACUCCUGCUGACCCUCACCUGAGAAUCUGAAUUCUCUUCUUGGGACCCACGCGUGGAAGCAGGGAACAAACUCCUGCAAGUUGUCUUCUGAUCUUCACUUGUGUGUGGUGUGUCCCGAGAGAGCCCCCAUACACACACACACACACACACACAAAACAGUAAGAGAAAUGAGAUAGCAAAAACUACCCUUGAAAACUCCUUUCAUCUACCUGCAAGUUCCAAAAUCCCUGGGUUUGCAUUUGAAGCCAUAACAUCUGAUUCUCUAUGACAGAUUGGCCCUUGUCCGUUUUUUUUAUUAGUACCAGAACAGUAGCUGGUUUGCGUUGUCCUGUGGGCAUUCUAACAUAGUAUGUUAAACAUAAGAAGCAGUUUAUUGUGACAUAAUAUCUCAGAGUAACUGUCAUAUAAGUUGUGUGUGUGUGUGUGUGUGCGCGCUAGUCAACAGACAACCUCAAUUUUGUUCCUCAGGAGCUGGCCACCUUUUUCCAUUGAGUCUCUCACUGGCCUAGAACUUGCCAAAUAAGCUCUGCUGGCUGACCAGUGAACUCCAGAGAUCGGUCUGUCUUAUCCUUUCUAAUUCUGGAAUUGUAAACUCACAUCCUUUACUCAUUAGUCCUUGUCUAGAUCACUUAAAGCCUCAGGCCUGCAGUUCCCCUAACCACAUGGCCUUCAUGUGGAGAAGUGGUCUCUUUCUCCUCCAAGAGACUGGGAGAGCCUGGUGCACAGCUAAGCAAAUGCCUCUUUAAGGACCCUUGCGAAUGAAAAGGGAGCUUGGAGAGCCUGUUGUGUAAUAUUGCCACUUGGAGGCUGAGGCAGAAUUGUGAGUUUGGAGCCAGCCUGGACUAUUUACUAAGACUGUGUCU